UUUGUAGAGAAGGAAGAAGACGAAGUGAGUUUCAAUCUUUUUCUCAAGGUCCGAUCAGAUCCAUUAUUAUCAUUCACAAAAUCAUCAAUAUAUAUAUUAUGGAUCCAGCUUGCAUAGGCGGAGCCAUAUGGGACAUGACCAAGUCUUUGUGUGGCUGCCUCAAGAAUGAAGCUUCUUACGUUUAUGACUUGGAAGAGAAUCUUCAGUCUCUGGAAGAGAAAUCCAAGAAGCUUGAAGACAUGAAGAAAGAUGCGGAAGCACUUAUUGAAGAAGAAGAACUUACCAAAGGCGCGCAUGGGACUCAUAAAGUCAAUACUUGGCUGCAAAAUGUCGACAAGACUCAACAGGAAAUAAAGAAAAUCCAACCUCUUGAAGCUCAACAAACUCAAAACAAAUGUCUAAGUAGAUGUUGUUCAAAGAAUUGUAUGUCAAGCUACAAGCGAGGAAAGAAUGUUGUAAAGAUUCUACGAAAUGCAAAAAACCUAGAAGAUGAGGGGGAAAAGUUGUUUGGCAAGGAUAUUAAAAUUACAAUAGGGGUUCCACUGCGGACAAUUAAGUUUCCUUCAGAAGAAACAGUGGGUCUAGACUUGAUGUUGAAGAAGGUAUGGAAUAGUAUUGAAGACAACAAUGUUGGGGUCAUUGGUUUGCAUGGGAUGGGCGGGGUAGGUAAGACUACCUUGUUAAAGAAAAUUAAUAAUGAACUUGGAAAGAGAUCAUCAGAUUUUUAUGUUAUGGGGGUGGUGGUAUCUAAAAGGCCUAACUUGGACAACAUUAUGGACAACAUCAGAAAAUUGAUAGGAAUUGGAGAGACAAUUUGGCAGCAUUGUAGUAACCAAGAUGACAAAGUAAGAAGGAUUUAUGAAAUCCUAAAACAGAAGAAAUUUUUUUUGUUAUUGGAUGAUAUAUGGGAGAAAUUACCCUUGGAAAGGGUGGGGGUGCCACACCCAAAGGAAACUAAUUUUCAAUCCAAAGUGUUAUUCACAACACGAUUUAAGGAUGUGUGUGUGAAAAUGGAUUCAGACAGAAAAUUCGAAGUGAAAAUUCUAAUAGAUGAAGAAGCGUUAGAGUUAUUUCGUAUGAAAGUUGGUGUGGAAACUCUAAACUCUAACUCUAGAAUUCCGAGGCUAGCAAUGGAGAUGGCUAGAGAAUGUAAAGGGCUACCACUUGCACUAACUGUGGUAGGAAGUGCCAUGGCUGGGGUGGAGAGCGUGGAAGCGUGGGAACACUCAAAGAAUAACUUAAGGAGUUCUUCAUAUACAGCAUCAGAUUUGGAGAAAAAAGUGUUUUCCAUCCUCAAGUUUAGCUAUGAUCAAUUACCAGAUGAAACCCACAAAAAUUGUUUCUUAUAUUGUGCGUUGUACCCAGAGGAUUAUGAGAUUGGGGUGCAUGAGCUCAUCGAUAAAUGGAUUGGGGAGGGAUUUCUUGAUACUGAUAGCCUAAGAAAUGUAUGGGAAAUGCAUGGCUAUGGUGGAUCUAUAAUUGAGAAGUUGAAGCUUUCAUGCUUGUUGGAGAGUGUUGAAGAUGAAAUGUUUUUGCAGCGUUCAAUUAAGAUGCAUGAUGUCAUCCGUGACAUGGCAUUAUGGAUAGCAUGUGAUGAAUAUAGAAGCAAAAUGAAAGUUUUAGUACAAGAAGAUGCAUGGGUAUUAUCUCAAACUAAUGCUGAAAAAGGGGAAAUCGUUGAAAGGAUAUUAAUCAUGAAAAAUGAUGGAUCACAAAUACAAAUCAUGCCUUGGCGGAAUCUCAAAACAUUAUGUUUGAAUGUUGGAUAUAACUUAUAUAAUAAUCAUGGUGCAAUAACUGGAUUAGAAAAUAUCCAACACUCAAGUCGAUUAAGAGUCUUGGAACUAAUAGGAGUGCCAAAUGUACCUACAGAAAUUGGUGGCUUAAUUCAUUUGGAAUACUUGUCAUUACACGAAGUAGAAUUACAAAAAGUAUCAGAAUUCUCAAGUAUGUUGAAGAAUUUGAAAAAUCUGAAGGUUUUUAAUUUGUUUAUAACAAAUGGUGCUAUUCCUUUGGGAUUAAUAUCAAAUCUUCAACAAUUAAAAGUGUUUUGUUUUGCAACCAAAAUUGUGGGAAGAAAUAAUGGCAAAGAAGAGAAAGAAUUGCUAGAGGAGCUGGAGUGCUCAUCAAAUUUAGAGGAACUACAGAUGAACAUAGAAACUGAGAAUGGCAUCAACAAAUUACUUGAGUCAACCAAGUUACAAAACUGUAUAUCUAGGCUUUGGAUUGGUAAAUAUAGUGACUUACAAAUCAAAAUGCCGUUGCUGUCGGACGCAAUGUCAAAAAUGAAGCAUUUACAGGUUUUGUACUUGCGUGGCGUGACUAAUAUUAUGGAAGAUUCUACUGUGUUUGGCACAUGUUGUCUAUCCAUGCUUCGCGACGUGACUAUUAAGGGAUGCUACUCCAUACAUCAUUUGACAUGGUUGAAGUAUGCCCCACUCCUCCAAGAACUUGAUGUUAGGCAUUGCUCCUCAAUAGAAGAAGUGAUAAAGGGAGAAGGAUCAGAGGAAGAGAAAGAUAUAGAGAAUGUGGAUUCUAUAUUCUCUUCUCUUGUACUGCUGUCUUUAGAUGAUUUGCCAGGUCUUAGGAGCAUUCAUGAGAGAGUCCUGUCUUUCCGUUCGUUAAGAUCCAUCACAGUGUCUGCGUGUCCAAAUCUAAAGAGGUUACCGUUUGAUUCCAAUUCUGCCAAGGCUAAGUUGAGGCUUAUUGGUGGAGAACCAGAGUGGUGGGACAACUUGGAAUGGGAUGACCCAACCAUUAAAGCCACUUUCCAGUCAAAAUUUAAAGGGUUUUGAGCAUUAUUUUCUCAAAAGAGAUUGAUUUCGUCAUAAUCAAAAUAUUUGGGAGCUGGGACGAGCUUGGUUUUCAUGAUCACUCUACUUCUCUUUCAUUUGGAAGUACAUAAUUUUAAUUAUCUUGCAGGUAAUCAUUAAGAUAUGAAUAUUCAAGCCCGAGGCCCCAACUUUGACUUCAUUGGAGACUAUUGGAUUUCAAUCAGAUUUUACAAGCUAGCUAGUUGUGGUUUUCCUAAUUUGCUUUAAUAAAGACUCAAUGUUUGAACAUUUUAAUUUGUAUGAAUUGUAUUCAUUACAUGGUGUGAUUGAAAGUUUGCUUGUUUUCUGUGUU